AUGCGCUAUUGCCGUCAAAUCGAAACAUAUGAACGAUGUGAAGCGGCUUUAUUGUCGACACAAGGAUACCGACUUCCUGUGAAUCCACUAAAAUCCGAAUUGAUCCGCGAGUUGCUUCGUUUGGGCUCGGUGAGUCCGCGAUCGAUGCGAAGGGACGUGAUGGUCCCAUUUUCCACAGAAACUCUUCAAAUACUAACGGGUGAAAUUGAAUUGAAGCCGGACACCAUAUUUGAGCAGAACUAUGAAAAAAUUCUGAACGAGAUUGCCGGAUUUGCAAUGCAAUAUCCCGAAAUCGGCAAAAUCAAAAAUAAGAUUUGCGAAAUUCUUGUCAAAGAAUGCCAAGAUUCGAGUUGUGUGACGCUUCAUCGAAAAAUGAUCGAGUAUGGAUGCGCAAAUUUGGCGACGAAACCAUUCGAGUACCUCAAAUAUCAUUUGGUUCGAAUGGUCUCGCAACGAACAAUCGACGUUCAAUUCUACCGUAUCGAUUUCGACGACUUCUCGAAAAUUCUCGACGACGACGAAUUGAACGUCGAAAACGAGCUGGAUCUGCUCCAAGUGAUCGAGGCGUGGAUAUCGGCGUGUCCGAUGCAACGCGAGCGAUUCCGAGUGCCGCUUCGCACUCAUCUUCGAAAAGCCGGAAUCCCACCAACAGAACUUUUGACAAUACCGAAUGUUGAGAAUUUAUCGACAAAACCAGCUCGCAAAAUUUGCGAUGUAAUGAUAACGAUUGGCGGAUGGCUUCACAAACAGGCAACCGACAACGUCGAAUGGUUCGACGUGGAAAAUAGACAAUGGGAACGCUCAAAAAUCGUGUUGCCCAUGAAAAUCGCGUAUCACGGAGCCGCUAUAAUUGAUCAAGAUUUGUAUAUAUUCGGAGGCUCCGACGGAAUGCGAUUCAAGUGUGAAACAUGGAAAUUCUCGGGUCAAACCGGCGAAUGGAAACGUUGCGAUCAAAUGAUGGACCCGAGGAAUUAUAUCACGAAUAGUUGUGUGGUGUAUGACGGAAAAAUCUAUGUAUUCGGUGGGCAGUGUGGACGAAUGAUCAACAAUCGGAAUCACAGAUGCGACACUGCCGAAGUGUAUGAUCCAAAAAUCGACAAAUGGACUUAUAUCGCAAGAAUGCAUGAUAUGCGAUCGGAUGCGGCUGCCACCCUAUUCGGAGAUCAAAUUUAUAUUGCGGGCGGUUUCAAUGGCACCAGAAUUCUGAAUACUGUGGAGGUUUACAAUCCGAAAGGUGAUUUCUAUUUGCGAGUUGCACCAUUACCAACCCCAUUAUCUGGGCAUUCCUUACUAGCCCAUCAGAAUGAUUUGCUUCUUGUCGGCGGAUUCAACGCAGCUGAGCGUCAGAAUAAGAUUCUGGUUUGGUCUGACCGCGAUGGAUGGGUUGAGCAUGACGAGAAGCUCCGAUUCGGAAGAUCGACGUGCUCGGCGUGCUCUUAUCGCGGUCACGUGGUUAUGGCUGGCGGAUACACGAACGCCGUCGAGAGAUCCUGCGAGACGCUUCUCGGACCUCAAGAGCGCGUCUAUGUGCCGGAUAUGCUUCAGAAUAAAAGCGCCACCAAGCUGUUGGUGGGAAAAAAUUGGCGAAAAAUUCUCGACAAAUUUGGCACAAUUCCGAAGGAUCGAUUGCCGCCGACCCCCAUUGCGAGCUACGCGCGAGACGAAGACGACGACGACUUUCAUACGAUUCAGUAG